CUGAAGGAUGCGCUAGAUAUUCCAAUACAGAACCACCACAGAAGUCAGUAGAUCUAACAUAGAACAGCGAUAUUGUGUUCUACAGGACAAUGUGAACAACUCACAGGAAUGUGUGUGGACAGUUCUGUCUGUAGACGCUUGCAUGACGGCCAGGCAUCGUCAGAGUAGCUUCAUGUUUAGUUAACUUGGAAGGACUUCUGCUGUCUAGAUACGGCUGACAACGUUGAACUCCAUCCGAUGCAGUUAGCAUCAGCCUCCAACUCGGCUGCAUCACACGCAACAUACAGCGAGGAAGAUUACCUGACCAAAGACCGCCAACACCGGGUGUCGUACAACACCGCCACCAGACUCCGUGUUGCUGCUAUAGCUGUGUCCUGGGCUUCUGUUAUCUUCGCUCUGUCCACGGGAAUCAUCGCUAUAGUGUUCAGUACUCUUGAAGGAAGCCAGUCUCUGUUUGGAUAUGGGCUGGAUGCUCUUUUGGACGGGAUUUCGUCCAUGGUCGUCCUAUGGAGGUUUUACGGUAGUGACCGAUCCGUGUAUUCAGCGAAACGGGAACGGAUUGCCUGUAUCGUCAUAUCGCUCCUGUUUCUGGUAGCAGCCACUUGUCUGAUCGGCAAAUCUGCCAACGCUCUUGCCAUGGAGGUGAAGGAGGCUAGCAGCGACAUCCUGUACGGCUUGGCGAUCUGUAACGCCCUCGUCUCUCUCGGACUCGCCAUCACCAAGGUCAUCCUGGGAUACAAGCUGGAAAGCAAGGCUUUAAUUACCGACAGUGUGAUAACGUUCACUGGCGCUGCUGUGAGUUUCGGCACCAUAUGUAGCCUAUUGGCAACGGAGAACACCGACAAAUACUGGUACCUGGAUCCUGUGGUGGGAGUGCUGUGCGGAGCUUUCCUGUUGGCUUGGGGAAUCAAGUUGCUGGUUGAGAUGGCGUGUUGCUGCAGGGGAGCUGCUGAGGAGUCUUGACGUGCACUCGGAAAUAUCUUCUAGGACAGUGUUUAUCUCUGAUAUUUAAAUAUAUACACGUCUCAACAGAAGACAUGUACUAUCAGCACAAAUCGGUGGAAAAGUCAAGAUAUUCAAUUCCACACUGUGUGGACGUGGAUUGGAUGGAUUGUGUGUUUUGUGAACACAUGUUAUGUUUAUGGCAGAUAUAUAGCCCACGAGUGAAAUAAUACUGCAUAUCAGGAAGAUGCAAGUCUUGUCCGCACCAAUGGCAGUGUUCAGAGCCGACAGGGAUUAGGGUCAUAAUAGGCAGAGAAGAUGACCUUCAUUGUCAAACAACAUGUUUUUACUAUCUGUGCCUUUGUCAUCUCACUGUUAGAUAAGCCAUGAUAUGUGAUAAGUCAGACAUCCACGGUAUAGUCUCCCCCGACCCCUGUUUCCUGAAAAUGGGAACCAAUUCCUUUUGAGAUGUGGUCCAGAUUCACAAGUAAUGCCAUAAAAAUAAAAAAUAUUACGACCCAAAUAUUAAGAAUAUUCGGGGUAUUGGGGUGUUGAUGCUCGCCUGCAUCCUCGUCUGUGACAGUGUUUGCCCUUAACCCUGAAAAGCUGCAGGCCCUAAGGACCCAGAACCAUAAAACGUUGUAGGUCCUGAUCAGAAUGUGUAGGCCCUAAACUUUAAUAUGGAAGUAAUACUCUUAGUUAUCGGGGAUGAAGAAACUGUGGGACCUACAGAAAACAAAAGCUGUGGGUCCGAGUGGUUUUAAGUCGGCUUCGGGCCUAAGGACCGACGUUAAUUUCAAACGCUGGUCUGUGAUUUAAUUGAUAGUGAGAUCAGGAUCCGCAACCAUUUUCCUAACGUGUCAUUCUGCCCCAAUGGCAUGGGCGGUUGCUCAUUAUAUCGAUCACUGGAUUGUCUGGUUCAGACUCGAAUAUUUACAGACUGUCGUCAUAUAGCUGGAAUAUUGCUGAUGGCGGCGUUAAACAACAAUGAAAAGUUGGGAGGGAAUCUAGGACACUGACACCUGUCGUGAGCAGUGAGCCCUGUGAUUGAGCCUGGUGUUAUCCCGGGAACAUCCGAGUUGCCGUAAGAGUCUUCAGCAACGCAUGUCAUACAGGGCGACUGACGAGACUGGAGGGUCAGAAUCCUAGAUUGAUGUUCCGAAUGGCAAUCACUGGAUUGUCGGAUCCGGUUGUUUACAGACUGCCGUCAUAUAGCUGAAAUAUUGCUGACAUUAAACGACAACCAAUCAAUACAUGUUGGUGUUGGUAUUGGACUGCUUGUUGACGGAUGGUUGAAUUAGCGUUAAAUAUAAUUCACCUGCUCACUCACAUAUGGAAUCGUUUUUCUUUGUAUGUGAUUCAAUAUAAAAUUUUGAAAAGGAACAAACAAACAUUAUUUCGACGCAGGAAUAUCAGGACAGUCCGUGGCGACAGCUGCAUUAUUAGAAAUGAAGUACAUCUAUGGAAUUAAAUAUACAAAAGAAUUUACGUAUCCUAGGUAUUGGCUGCCAUAGGAAGUGAUGGUCUGGUCAUAUUAAUAAAACAGCACUUGCAAUAUUGGCGUGCUGUUUGUCUGUGGAAUGAACCGUGACCAACUGAUGUAUUUACAAGGCUGAAUAAUAGUGUGUGAUGUAAAACUGUAUGGACGUUGAAUUGUUUGUAUUAUAUUGAUACAUUGUCACUGUUACCAUUGUUGUAGUAAUGUAUACCAUUGUUUAAUCAAGAGAUAUUAUCGAAGAUCAAUUCAAUAAAUAUGAUACAUAUAUGAUAA